AUGUCAUAUAGCUCGAUAAUUAGCCCGUCUGAAGCAUCUAGUUCCUCACAUUCUGUCCGCCAAACAUGGGAAAGUUCCAAUUCGCCUGUGCCAAGUAUUGCCUCGUCAACAACUUCGGCAGUUUCAGGUUCAGCCCCGACGGGCAUUCCUAAUAUCUACUUCAAUCCCAAUAUCAGCGGGUCUUUCAUAAGCUCAAAUCCAACAUCGCCUUGGGCUCCUCUGUCCAGAAGUGUCGUUAGCUCCUACCUAGAGAGAUCCACGUUCAGCCAUGAAAGCAAUUCAAGUGAACAUUCCUCGAUUGCCAACACUCCCACAUCCUCAGCGUUGAUGGUGUGUGUUGACGAGUCAGAGUUGAGCAUAUCAGAUCAGAGUAAAACAACUUUCGAAGAAAUUUUGGGUGAGAAUUAUGAUUUUAGAGAAGACUCGCCCUCACCGUCAAUAGGUUCGACUGCAAGCUCUAUGUGGGAUAAGUCAAGAACGUGUCUUAGUAGAGUGACAUCAAGCAUCGCUGGAGCUUUCUCAGACAGGUCAACUGAUGAUCGAAAGCGGUUCGACUCGAACGUCGGCACUGGAAGUGUGACGGACUUCGAACACAGCCCUGGUCUUCAGGCGAGAUUGGUUGACUUCCUUGGGCCGAGUCGAUGA